AAAAAAAAUUGUGUUCACGUAUUACACUUUUUUUAAGUCACUUCUAGAGAGAAACAAACUCGAAUAACAUCAUAUGAUUCUGAAGGAGACAACCAUAUACCCCACUUUCCCAGUUCUUGCCAAAGACCAAAAUGGUACUUUCGAUGGAGAGAUGGAAAGAUAAAAUUGCUGUUGUGACUGGUGCUAGUUCUGGAAUCGGUGCUUCUGUUGCGGAUGCCCUUGUGGAACAAGGUCUCACGGUGGUGGGUUUGGCUCGUCGUGUUGACCGCAUCAAAGAACGGUCCACACACCUCUCGAACAAAAAAGGUAAACUUCAUGGUGUCAAAGUUGACAUAAGGAAAGAAAACGAAAUUGUGGACGCCUUCAAAUGGAUUAUGGAGAAUUUAGGAUCGGUACAUAUUUUAGUCAAUUGUGCUGGUUGUUCAACAGAAGCUUUACUAACUGAAGGAAACACAGAAGAUUGGAAAAGAAUCUUUGACGUCAACGUCCUCGGAUUGUGUGUUGCCACAAGACAAGCUGUCAACAUCAUGAAAUCAAACUAUAUUAACGGGCACAUCAUACACAUUAAUAGUAUUUUGGGGCACUCCAUUCAAAAUGUGUCCAAGGUUAAUGUUUAUCCAGCGUCGAAAUUUGCAGUUACUGCUCUCACCGAAACUCUAAGACAGGAGUUGAAUACCCUUGGCAGCAAAAUUAAGAUAACUAGCAUCAGUCCGGGUUUAGUAGUUACUGAGAUGACUCUACUGAAUAAAAAUUUUACGGAAGAGCGAAGAAAAGCAUUUGAAAGUCGACCAACUUUAAAUGUUGAAGAUGUUGCAGAUGGAGUUGUGUAUGUGUUGUCUACUCCAGAGCAUGUUCAGGUGCAUGAAUUAACAAUUAAGCCAAUUGGCGAACCUUGUUAAAAUUAUUAUUAUUAUUAAAGUUACUAACAGACGAAAGAUUUAAGAUUUAGCUAUGA